AUGUCAAGCCGGAAGAAAAACAUUUUAAAGGUGAUUAUAUUAGGAGACUCAGGUGUGGGCAAGACAUCGUUGAUGCACCGCUAUGUCAAUGACAAAUUCUCACAGCAAUAUAAGGCAACAAUCGGAGCUGACUUCCUGACGAAAGAGGUAACUAUGGAUGGGGAUAAAGUAGCAACAAUGCAGGUUUGGGACACAGCUGGCCAGGAGCGCUUCCAAUCGUUGGGAGUCGCAUUUUACAGAGGUGCAGACUGUUGCGUAUUAGUAUAUGAUGUUACGAACGCGAAAUCGUUCGAGAAUAUCAAAUCUUGGCGCGACGAGUUUCUCGUGCACGCCAACGUGUCAUCACCAGAGACUUUCCCUUUCGUAAUUCUAGGAAAUAAGCUGGACGUUGAAGAAUCGAAAAAGGUUGUCAGUAACAGAUCCGCUCAAGACAUGGCCAAGUCUUUAGGGAACAUUCCACUUUUUCUUACGAGUGCGAAAGGCUCUAUCAACGUUGAUACAGCUUUCGAAGAAAUUGCGCGCAACGCAUUACAACAGAGUCAAGCGGACGCUGAUGCGUUCGAAGACGAUUUUAACGAUGCCAUCAAUAUCCAACUUGACGGCGAACCCAGCUCAUGUAGCUGCUGA